CAGACAGACAGUCAGACACAUACAUAGCCAGCAAGCCAGCCAGCAGCACUCCUCCCGUGUCACGGCGCAGACUGCACACCUCUCCCGACCAAUAAUGUGAGCAAAACAUCAGUCUGGAUCAGAUGUUUAAAAACUCCUCGUCGCUUCUUUUCGGACUCUACACACACGCACGCGCGCGCGCACACGCACGCACGCACUCCCUGCAGAACUCCAUCCAUCCAUCCAGCAGGCAGGCAGGCAGGCAGGCAGGCUCUCCGGUCCGGUGUGACAUGCGGCAAUGUCCCGUGCAGGAAUAUGCCCACGCGUGAACUCCCGCGGAGUUUGGGGGAUUUUGCUGGCGCUCUUAUUUGCGUCGAGCGCUCUUGAGGUGGGCGCGUACAGCUGUCAUGAGGUGAGGGCCGCCUUCCAGGUGAGGCAGGUCGGCCCCCUGCAUCGAGUCCCGGAGACACCUGGCACAGAUGUGGAUCUCUUGGUCUGCAAGCACCAGGGUCCUUCUUGCUGCACCCGCAAGAUGGAGGAAAGCUACCAGUUGGCAGUGAAGCGGGAAACCCUCCACAACAUUUACUUGUACAGUUACGAGCUGAAGCACCUGAUCGCUGGCCAUUCGGAUGCCUUCCAGGACAUGUUCCAGUACCUGCUCUCCUUCUCACAAGGACACCUGAGUUCUCUGCUGGAAGGGACCUACGCCCCGCUUUCUCGUCAAGCUUUGCCCCACGUGAACAAACUCUUCUCCUCACUCUCCCUUUAUCUCCGCGGGGCCAACGUGUCAGUGGAGACGACAGUCAACCAUUUUUUUAACAACAUCUUCCCCCUCGUCUAUACGCGACUCAUCAACCCGGGCACGGUAGGCAGCGUGACCGGGGACACGGAAAUGACAGACUGCCUCCGUAUGAUCAGGCAAGACGUCAACCCAUUUGGCCCGCAUCCGGCCGUCAUGGUCAAGGAGCUAUCCGAGGCCAUAAGCGUGGGCCGGCAAUUGGGCCUGUUCCUGGACAAAGGGCUGGAGGUGCUGAACGCCACUGAACACCUGGCCUUGACGAAAGACUGUGUGAAGGCUCUGGUGAAGAUGGUUUACUGCUCCCAUUGCAGAGGCUUGACGCUCAUCAAACCCUGCGUGGGCUUUUGUCUCAAUGUCAUGCGCGGCUGCUUGGCCAGUCUGUCCGAGCUGGAUCGGCCUUGGAGGAGGUAUAGCGACUUGUUGGAACAGCUGACCCACGCCAUGGUGGGCCACCACAGCCUGGAACUGGCGUUGCUGGGAGUACGGGACCACGUGAACGAGGCCUUGCUCUACGCGCAGUUUCACGGUCCGCUCGUCACAGCCACGGUAGACAAGGUGUGUGGCCUGACGACCCGGGCGCCUACCGGCAUGCGGCCUACCGGAGCGGAGGUCACGACCCCCGGCGGGAGCUCAUCGACUCCGCUUCCUUCUGCUGCCCCUUUGGAACCUCUGCCAAAGCAGUGGCUUGGGCAGCUCGCCAAUUUGAGAAGGGACUUCCUGAUGUACCUGCAGCGCUACAAGUCCUUCUACUCAGCGCUCCCGGAGAUGCUGUGUGAAGGAGAGAACGUGGUGGACGAUGCCACAUGCUGGAGUGGAGAUGAGGUGGUGGAGAGUUACACAGGCAGAGUGGUAGGAAAUGGUCUCCAGGCGCAAAGACAAAAUCCAGAGGUCAAAGUUCGCAGCCCCAACCCCUCGCUCGUCGAAAUGAAGGAGAGGCUUGAAAGCUUCAACCAGGAGACCCAAGAGAGAUUCCCAAAUCUGGGCCAGAUGGAGGCCUGGGAGGAGCUGGGCAGCGGCGAGACGGAGGGCAGCAGCGCCGAUUGUGAUGACGAAGACGGAUGUCAAGCCUCGGGAGACGGUCAAGACGCAACCUUACACACAAAAGGCUCCGGUGAAGUUGGAUCCAACGGGCCUGGGUUGGACGCUUCAAAGCAGAACCCAGCCAAGCCCCCUCCGGUACGGGUGAUCGGAGGCUCCCCGUCAAUCUGCCGGCCGGGACCUUGCAGCCUCGCACUGCUCCUUGCUGCACUUUGCUCACAGUGGACCCUAUUCUGAUGUCUCUGGGACUCGGCUACAAGGAAGUGCAUAGUGACUUUAACAUCCAACCCACACCCACGCACAGACCCACACACACAGACAGACACACAGCAUUUUUCGACUGCUCCAUCUUGUUGGAUGACAAGUGAAACUAUAGACGGCAGAUUGCCCGUCCCGUUGUGGCGCUCGCCGCGUGUUUGCUAAAACCGAUCUCCUGCACGGGCUCCAAACAAAUUCCCCAGCGCACCCUCUGGAUUCAGGAAACGGUGGAGAUGGACACAGCUCGGCCGGCACCGUUCACUCUUAAAGACACACCCUUGGCAUUUUUAGUGAGGACUAUGUAUGUACGAGGGAGGCCUUACACAAUUUACAUACACAUACUACUUUUCUUUGUACCUUUCAUUUUGCCAUGGCAAAGCACUGCAUCGUCUUCCGCCCCCACAGAAAAACUCCUUUGAAAACAUUUCUCCUGUGUGAGGAUUAUGGAAUGCAUGCUAGAUUGAUAAAUCCGUUCCAGGCGUCUGACGACCCAGAACAGCAAAUUUGAUAUCCUCUAAUGACUGUGUAUCUUGGCUCGGAUUAGAAUGUAACGAGUGUGCAGGUGAGCGCCCUCGCACACGUGCAACGAGGUGUUUAUAGUAAGUGACUGUGUAUAGGCAGGCGGAGUGUUCAGCCUAAACCUCUUAGUGCCUGAUGGAGCUUUAUGAGCUGUUAAAAUGGAUUUUGCUCAUCUGCUCUGAAUAUACAGGGAUAAGGAAGGAAGGAAGGAAGGAAGGAAGGAAGGAAGGAAGGAAGGAAGGAAGGAAGGAAGGAAGGAAGGAAGGAAAACAAUGUCAUUUGAUUUUAUGAAUGUUUAGCGUGCAUCCUCUUUUGCGUGUUGGCUUGUGGAAAUGCAUGUUGUCAAAAAAUGUUCAUGCAAGCAGGAUCAGUGUCAAAAAAAUCACUCUUGGAAUGAUUUGCCCUCAAUACUUAAAGACCCUGUAAGAAUUC